AGCUCAAGGGCUCUGCCCACGUCGGCCUCCCAGAGUACUGGGAUUCCAGGCAUGAGCUACUAUGCCCGGCCAACAAUAUCUAAUUGGUCAAAAAAAUAUAUAAUCAUAGAUCCCCAAAAUACACUCAUUUAUAGUAAAUAUAGGAAAUUGUUUAAUUAUCAAAUUUUAAAUUGUGGUAAAACACACAUAAUGUAAAAUUCACCAUUUCACCCAUUUCAAAGUGUACAACUCAGUGGCAUUUAGUAAAUUCACAAUAUUGUGCAACCACCACCACUAGCUAGUUCCAGAAUAUUUUCAUCACCCCUAAAUAAAACCCCAGACUCAUGAAGCAGUCAUUAGCGAUUUCAAAGCAGAUUUUUGAAAUAAUUUACUUUUGAGGUAUUUUCGUGAAAGCGUUUGUUUUCCUUAUGCUAAGAGCUUGUUAACAGAAUUGACCCUAAUAGGUAGCAUUGGGUAUAUUAAGCUCAGUUAUCUAAGAUUGGUUUGGCAACUGUGACGAUCUUUGAGUGUGAAGAUGAUGUGAAAUCAGAAGUCCUGCCACGGUAAAAAAGGGAACUUUGACCCUGAACAUGCUGUAAAGAUCAUCUAAAAGCCAAAAUCAUCAUAUAUAUAUAUAGGUAGAGAGUUCAUUUUUUUCAAUGAUUUUAUAUUACAUUUGCCAUUUUCUUUUUUGAAAUUAUAGUUCUUAUGUUUGUAUGUGAUUCUCAUAGUUAUUUACACUAAAAUGAAAUACUCUUUCCCUCCUGGUAUGUUCAAUAUUGAGUAGGGACAUUAAUACACUUUUUAUGCUUAAAAAAUUAUUUUUCAUACUGAAGCUUUUUAUACUUUGAACCAAGUAAGGUUGUAAAAUGAAGGGGUAAAAAAUGGAAUGGGGUUGGGGGUCAUUUCACUCUAGGUAUGAGCUCAGACUCUCUUGUCUUCUACUCCAAGCACCCUUGGUCAUAGCCUCCCUCUGGGGAACUCCCGUUUACUUAGGUGUGGUCUCCCACCUCUGGCCUUUCCCCGCUUCUUAUCACCAUGUUCCUGAACAACGUUCCAUUUAUCCAACUAGAUUAUUGAUUGGACCACCUCUGUGGGUGGGUAGGAGAGCUCUCUGCCCCCUUGGUCUGAGUUGGUUAUCAGAUAAAUGAGUCCUGCGUGAGUGCUAGUGACAGAUAAUGACUCAGUGCCUGAGCCUAUUGCACUUAAUGAUGUUUAAUUUUGAACAGAACAUUGAGACACUGCGGUAUCCCACAUAGAUGCCUUUCUAACAACACAAUCCAGGGCACCAGGGAAACACAGACCAGGAGGGAGGGGGCAUUCAUUGAGCUCUUACUCCCCAGUAUAUAGAGGUACCGUUCUAAUAUCCCUGCUUUGUGUUAUAUAUUAUUGAGAUAUUAUUAUUCCCAUUAUUCAGAUGAAAAACCUGAGGCUAAAAGGGAUUCAAUGAUCUUCUCAAAGACCACGAGCUGGCACCCAACAUGUAUAGCUACCAAAUGCUUCUUAAUGGCAAGAAACAAGUUUUCCAAGGUUUAUUUUUCAUUCAAGACACUCUACACAUGUUCCUGGCAAGGCAGUUCUAAGCUCCAGAAGACACUUGCUGCCAAGAACCAAACACAGCUGUUCAGGCAGCAGAGGAAGCUGGUGCUUGGUGAAAAACCAAACCAAAACAAAACCCUGCCCGCACAUUUGAGGAUGGCACAGGUCCCAGAUCUACACCUUGAAAUGAAUAGACGAUACAAGAUAUUUGAUAUAAAAGAAAAUCAAAGUGCCGGAAACAGAAGUUUUCUCUCUCAAACUGACUUCCUCCACUGUGCACAGAGAAUAAAAACAGGACUCCUAAGGAUAAAAAUAAUGUUUGCUGAUGGGGAGAGGACUGCUUCUCCACUGAACCAUAGAAAACCUAAAAUCCUCCCCAUUGUUUCUUGCCCCAUACACUUGUACUCAAUAAAGAUCUGUAAGAAUGAUCAUGUGGAGACUAAAUAUUACCCAAAAUGGAAAAAAUUUAAAAACAAUCCCAAACUAAGAGGAGCAGCGGCUACCUGGCAGCAUCAGCACGGAGGCCAGUGAGCUGCUGUGUUCUUUGUUUCCUCAUAGCCAUCAUCACCUGAACAGGCAGGAGCAUUGGUCACAUCUGCCAGUAUCAUGGUGUUGGCAGCGUGGAGGGGAGGACAGAACAGUGGCCCAGCUCCCAUGUGGAC